AUGAAAUUAACACUAGCCAGUUUCGUCGUGCUGUUCCUGAGCUUCCUGCUUAUGCUUUGGCGAGUACCAGUUGAACGGAGACGAUGCGUCUGCGACGAUGAUAUGAACUACUUCGAAAGCUACAAUGACACCUAUCCACUAAGUGCUCCGUUUUCAUCCAAAGAUGGAAUAUGGUAUAAAAUCGGUGCGGUCAGCGAUCUCGACACGAAUAGCAAGUCCAAAAGCGGUAAACACUUAUGGCGUAGCUACAUGUUGCAUGGGAAGCUGUUUGUCAGCAAUGAUCACAAGGAGGUGAAAAUUGUCUGGGAUAAGAAUGUGAUUCAACUGAACGGUGGAUAUGCCCACGGCGGUCGGGCAAUGGAAUUGUCAGACCUCAAAACUUUCAAUGGUCGACUAUACAGCAUCGACGAUCGAACUGGCAUUCUGUACAGGAUCGAAAACGACAGCGUAGUGCUGCCAUGGGUAGUUCUGCCUGACGGAGACGGAAAGCAGGCGAAGGGAUUCAAAGGAGAGUGGUUGGCAGUCAAAGACAAUCACAUCUACGUUGGCGGAUUAGGUAAAGAGUGGACAACAACUACCGGCGAAUACAUGAACGACGACCCUAUGUGGGUAAAGAUCAUUUCGCACUAUGGAUUUGUUCGUCAUGUGAACUGGAAGCGUCAGUACAUAAAGCUGCGCAAGGCAUUUGGUAUCACUUAUCCAGGGUACAUGAUUCAUGAAUCAGCACAGUGGUCGAAUGUUCAUAAAAGGUGGUUCUUCUUGCCACGACGGGCUUCCCAUAAAAUCUACACCGAGAAGACUGAUGAACGUUCUGGUAUGAUUUCGCCCGUUAUUUUGAUUUAA